AUGCACUUCAAGUCGACGCACUCCAGACACGAGACGCGGCGCUAUGUUGUGAGGCUUCCCCUGAAAACCUCAGCCACAGCCCUCAGCGACUCAAGGCUCAAAGCAACACGUCAACUACACUCGGUAAUGAGACGCCUGCACAAAGAUGAGGCAUACUCAGCUCUCUACAAGGCCUUCAUCAAAGAGUAUCAACACUUCAAUCACCUUCAAGAAGCACUGGAGAUUCCAGAACCAUCCCCAGCCUACUAUCUACCGUACCAUGGGGUCCUGAGAGACGAUGCCAUCACCACGAAACGGAGAGUCGUAUUCAACGGCUUCAAUGCGAGCUCAACGGGAAUAUCGCUAAACGACAUUCUCUAUACAGGAGAAAAACUGCAAGUGGAUGCAGUUAACGUCCUCGCGUCGGCGAGGAAAUGCCAGUUCGUUUUUGGGACGGACAUCCUGAAGAUAUUCCGCCAAAUUCGAGUUCGUCAAGACGAUUGGGAUCUUCAACGAAGUUUGUGGCUCAACGAAGACAAUAAACAAAUCACCUAUCAACUGACCACAGUCACCUAUGGGCUCAACUGUUCACCAUGGAUAUCACUAAGAGUCCUUCAACAACUGGGGGAGGAUGAAGGUCACCGCUUCCCAGCAGCAGUAGAGACACUUAUUAAAGAAGGUCGCUACGUUGACGAUAUUUAUGGCGGUGCCGACUCCAUCGAUCAACUAAAAGAAAUCGCUACUCAACUGCAAGGACUUUGCGAAGUCGGUGGCUUCCCACUCCAAAAAUGGAGCAGCAACUCACCAGAAGCCCUCCAACAAUUGGGUUUAUCACCGCAGAACUCACCAGUAAAAUUUGACGAAUCAAUCAUCAAGGUCUUAGGCCUUUGCUGGCAGCAAUCAACGGAUACCUUUAAAUAUAAGGCCAAGAACUUCACGUCAACGACGUUCACCAAGAGAUCAGUGCUAUCAGAGAUCGCUCAGAUCUUUGAUCGACCGGGAUUCAAACUCAUAUGGAGAUUGAAACUCAAAUGGGAUGAUCGCUUGCCGACGGACUAUGAGGAGAUGACGAGCGGAAAUCAGAUCUCAAUCCCGAGAUGGCUCAGACUAUCAACAGACACGAUCAACGUUCAACUUCACGGGUUCACUGAUGCAUCUAAAUCGGCAAUGGGUGCCGAAGUCUACAUCAGAUGGAGGAAAAUCAACGAGCCUGCCCCAACAAUCAUCGUAUGUGCAAAAACGAGGGUGGCACCGCUCAAGGAAAUGAUCAUCCCUCGCCUCAAACUCACCGCUGCACUACUGCUCACCCGUCUUGUAAAGACAACUCACCAGAUGUUCGAACUCGAGAUCGUCGAUACUCACCUCUGGUCUGACUCAUCUGUUGCUUUAGCGUGGAUCACCAGUCAUCCUUCACGCUGGAAGGAAUUUGUCCACAACAGAGUAGCAGAAAUCCAAGAGACAUUGCCAGAAGCAACCUGGAGACACGUCAGUGGAAAAGACAUUCCAGCAGAUUGUGGACCUGACUGGUUAAACCAAGAACCAGAUCAGUGGCCACAAUCUACAAUCGACCUCCAUUCAGAAGUCUCACUCGAGGAACAACCAACACCAGCUCACCCAAUCGCAGGUGAGGUCAACGUCAAUGUUCUAGCAGAGGUGCUGGAGAGAUACUCAACACUUUCAAAGGUGCUUCAAGUGACAGCCACCGUCAACAGAGCAGUCACCAGGUUCAGAAGGCAACCUACACCCCAGACACCACUCAUCACACCAGAACAACUUAACGAGGCUCGGCUGUUCUGGAUAUCGAGCUCAACGAGCUCAACAGCUGAUGGGGCAACUUUCCGCAUCAACAGUAUCACCAUCGAAACAGGGGUGGAUUAUGCUGGUCCAAUGCCCAUUCUCAAGUGGAGACCAACAAAUUCUCAACCAGCCUCGGUGCACAUCGCAGUCUUUGUCUGCUACAUCAGUAGUGCACCUGGAACUGGUCACGCGUCAAAGCACAGACGCAUUUAUUGCAGCGUUCAAGAGAUUCACCGGGAGACGAGGAAUCCCACAAGUCAUGUACAGUGA